AUUUAUGUAAGUGCACACGACGAACAUACAUUAAAUACACGCGAGAGAGUUUUUCAAUAUCAAAUUUAUAUUGCAAAGAAAAUCGUACUUACUGCUGCAUAUGUAUAUAUGUAACAGAAUGGCAUUAUGAAAAUAUAGCAAAAUAACAGUUUUUAAGCGGUCUCUUUUGUAUUUUGUUUCCAUUUGCUCUCAAUUCAGUUCCAAUAUACCUUUCGUGCGAGUUAGAUGAGUACGUUUAUUUGUCGGUUACGGAAAGAAUUUUUAUUUAAAAAUUAAAAAUUUUGGAAUUGAUUUCUCUGUGAAAAAUCUAUCAAAUCAUAUUAUAAAAAUUAAUAAAAUGAGUAUUUUGUAAUGAAAUACAUAAAUAUUAUUACUUAUUAAAUAUUUGUGUGAAAAUUAUUAAAAAAAAUGUAUAUCCGGCUUUAAUUGUAAAAGUUCUUUAAUAAAUUAUACUAAAAUUUAAAAGCAAAAGUUGUAUGAAGUGAAAAAAGAAAAAUAUUAAAAAAUUUUAGAAAAAAAAAAUAUUUUUAUUAGAAAUAAAAAAAAAGAAAAAAUAAUAAUAAUUAUAAUCUUGUGUGCGAAAAUUGAUUUAAAUAUUAAUUUGUAUCGGAUGGCAUAUGAAAUGCCAUAAAAAGAAUUUCAAUUAAAAAAUAUUGUGGCAAAAUUUGAUUACACACACACAUAAAUGUAAUAUUCAUCUGUUAUUUUACUGUAAAGAAAAAAAUAAGAAGAAUUUGGAAAAAUGGAUUUACCUUUAAUAAUACCGGAAACAUUUAAUUAAUAUCGAUAAAUUUUUGCAAAUUAAAAAAAAAUGUGAUUAAACAAAAUACUUGAUAAUUAUAAAAAUUAUUAUAAUAUAAUCGAUAUUUAAUGAAAAUUGUAAUUAAUAAUAAAAAUUUAUUUGCAUAAUUCGGGAAUGAAAUAUAAACAAAAUUGGAUCUAAAAAUUAUUUUCAGCAGUUAAACCAGAUUUAAUUAAAACUUCAGUAAGAAAUUUUAAUUUAAAAUUACAAAUAAAAAAACAACAAGUAAUAAAGCUAAGGAAUCCAGUGAAUUUUUCUCUUAUUCUUCAACUUUAAAAAAAUAUAAGUGUCACCAGUCAGUUCAACUACAUUUUCAUGAUUACUUGAAUUCUUCUUCGUAUAGGUACUACUUAGUGUAUAAGACAAAGGCAAAAUACGAGUAUGUGGUAUAAAGGUUUUUGAAUAACUUUCCCAGAUUUAUUAAUGUAUGAAAAAUUAACAACCAUAAGAAAGAUUCAGUUCUUUAGUUGCAAAUGGAAGCCUGUAAACCGAAGUGAAUAAUACCAAUUUUAAAAUUGAUAUAAUAAAUAAACAAUUUAACAUAAAAUAAUUCAAAUAUGAAAAGGUAAAAAAUAUUUAACUAAAAAAACAAUAAGAAAAAGGACGAAUAAAGACAAAACUGGUCAAGUGCAAUAUAUUAAAUUUCGAACAAAAUUUUGCAGCCAAUUUUUAAAUUAUAAUAAACUGCAAAACUUACUUAAGAAGAAAAGAUAGCGCACAAGAGUUACUUCAAUUAAUUUAAUUCAAUUGAAAGGAGUUUCGAAAAGAAAUUUAAAUAUUUAUCUGCAAUAAAUUAUCAAAUCGUAUAAUGUCUAUUAGCGUCAUCAGGACCAUAAAAAUAAGUUAUAAAAUAAAUCAUACCUCGUGGUAAAUCAAAAAAUAAUUAUAAUUUUAUGUUUUAAUUGUGAAUUUGUGAAGCAGCAUAAUCUUAAAAUAUGACAGCAUUUCCUCAGUUUUUCAAUAUCAAUUAACUUUGAUUUUUUUACUGCGAAGGAAAAGAAAUUAUAAAUACAUUUGCGCUUGCAUGUGUAGGAGUAGGACUGUUAAACUGAUUUAAUUUUUGCAAGGUGUUAUAAUUAAUUCUUUGGGAUAUAAAGUAUAUUUUUUAAUUAUAAACAACUUGAAAAUAUGGAAAUCUUAUAACCCCAGCUCAAUAAAUGGAAAUUAUUUUCAAAAUUUUUAAAAGAUAUCAUAAAAAAUUUCACCAUAAAUUGCAAAGUAUAGAAAUUCAGAAAUUAAUUUCCAAAUUUAUAAUUAUUUAAAUAACACAGAACUCAUUAUAAAAUUCGCAUUAAUAAUAUCGAAUAGCUAUAAGUAAUUUAAUUUGAUUUUCAUAAAACGCUGUGUUGAAUAUAUUAGUAAUGACAAGGUUAUCAAAAUAGAGUAAGAAAAAAUAAAGUCAAACUCAAAAACAAGCAUACAUUAUGCUUUGAUAUUAUAAACUAUAUUUAUAACGGCACAAAGUGUUAUGUAGACAUUUAUAAAAAGUGAAAAACGAGUGACAAAAAAAAAACAAAAAAAAUGGAAAAUUCGUCACCGUUAGUUUAUAGUACCAAAAAGUUUAAUCAUAAUUUGAAAACGAAAUUAAAUUUAAAUUAUUAUAAUAACAAUAAAAUUAAAAUGACAUCAUCAAAUAGAACAAAAAAUUCAAGUCAAAAUUAUAACUUGAAUUAUACUAAUAAUAAAAAUAAUCAUAACGGUAUUAAUAGUAAUAAUUACAGUUCUUAUAAUAAUAAAAAUAAUUGUAAUAAUCAAAAUUUUAAUUAUAAAAAUAGUAUUAUAAACAAGAAAAAUUGUUGUAAUACCAAUAAUAAAUCUAAUUUAAAUAACAUAAACAUUAAAAUUAAAAUACAUAAAAAUUUAAUAUUUAAUGUAAUUAUAACUAUAUUAUUAGUAUGUAUAACAAAUUUUUCAUAUUGUGUAGUUAACUGUUUACCAUUUGCUGAUGCUGAAGUUGAAAUUUAUAUUAAUGAUGAAGGAUUUGAAGUAGCCAGCAUUAGCGAAACACAUUGUCCAAGACAAUGUCAGUGUGACGGACUAACUGUUGAUUGUUCACAUAGAAACUUAAUACAAGUACCAAGAAAUAUACCACCCGAAGUUGAAAAAUUAGAUCUUAGCGGAAAUAAUAUUACAAUAAUAUUUGAUUCGGAUUUUCAACAUUUAUCUAGAUUGAGAGUACUGCAAAUAACAGACAACGAAAUUCAUACAAUCGAGAAGGGUGCAAUGAAUGAGUUAACCUCCUUAGUGAGAUUACGAUUGAACAACAAUCGACUUAAGGAAAUUCCUGAAAAUUUUGUUACGAAUUCAGCAAAUCUUUUGCGAUUAGAUUUAUCAAACAAUGAAAUUCGUGCGAUGCCAAGAGGCAUUUUGAAAGGUGCUGUGUCAUUGAAAACUCUUCAAUUGGACAACAAUCAAAUAAUGUGUGUUGAUGAAUUAGCAUUCAAAGGAUUAUUUGAUUUAGAAAUAUUAACUUUAAACAACAAUAAUUUGACACUUCUGCCCCAAAAUGUCUUAAAUGACUUGGAUAGUUUGAGAGCAUUACGAUUAUCAGAGAAUCCAUUUGCAUGUGAUUGUCAUUUAGCUUGGUUAUCAAGAUUUUUACGCGCUGCACCAUUAUUAACGACCGGUCACACAAAAUGUCAAUCACCAAGUCAAUUAAAAGGACAAAAUGUUGCUGAUUUACCGGAUCAAGAGUUCAAAUGCUCUGGUUUAGCAGAAAAUGCACCUUUAGAAUGUAGUAUGACCAGUAGCUGUCCACAUCCCUGUCGUUGUGCCGAUGGUAUCGUCGAUUGCCGUGAGAAAAGUUUAUCAAAUGUACCGAAUUCACUACCUGAAGAUGCAACAGAGCUGAGGCUAGAACAAAAUUAUAUUACGGAACUUCCGCCUAAAGCAUUUGCAAAUUUCCGCCGCCUGAGACGAAUUGAUUUAUCGAAUAAUAAUAUUUCGAAAAUUGCGUAUGACGCAUUUACAGGACUAAGCCAUUUAACAACACUAGUUCUUUAUGGAAAUCGCAUUAAGGAUCUACCUGCUGGUCUUUUUCGAGGAUUGACAGCAUUGGAAUUGUUACUAUUAAAUGCAAACGAAAUAUCAUGUAUACGAAAGGAUACAUUUAUCGACCUAUUUAAUUUAAGUUUAUUAUCUCUAUAUGAUAAUAAUAUUCAGUCACUGGCUGAUGGAACAUUUGAAUCUAUGAAAUCUAUACAAACACUACACUUGGCAAGGAACCCAUUUAUGUGUGACUGCAAUUUAAAAUGGCUAGCUGAUUAUUUACAUAAAAAUCCUAUUGAAACUAGUGGUGCUAAAUGUGAGGGACCAAAACGUAUGCAUAAAAAACGUAUUGAAACAUUAACAGAUGAUCAGUUCAAAUGUACAUUAGAAGAGGAAGCACGUACCAAAUAUGUGGGAGAUUGUCGCGCUGAAACAGAAUGCCCAGCACGUUGUAGUUGUGAUCGUACAACAGUAGAUUGUUCUGCAAGAGGUCUCAAAGAAGUUCCGCAUGAUAUUCCACAGUAUACAACAGAAUUGUUACUUAAUGAUAAUGAAUUAAGUCAUAUUAAAUCAAAUGGAGUUUUUAGUAAUCUACCUAAUUUAGUCAAAUUAGACUUAAGACGCAGCCAAAUAAUAAGAAUUGAGCCAAACGCAUUUAAAAACGCUACAACCGUGCAAGAUUUAUUAUUGGGUGAAAAUAAAAUACGUGAAGUACAUAAGAAAAUGUUUAUUGGUCUGGAUAAUUUGCAGACGCUAUCGUUAUACGAUAAUUUGAUUUCGUGUGUUAUGCCCGGAUCGUUUGACUCUCUUACAUCUUUGCACACAUUAAACUUGGAAUCUAAUCCCUUUAAUUGCAAUUGCCAUUUGGCGUGGUUUUCAAAUUGGUUAAGGCAAAAAAAUUUUAUAGGAGGAAGCCCCAGAUGUAAUUAUCCUGUUGAAAUUGCUGAUGCUCACGUUAAAGAUUUACCAGUUCAUGAAUUUAAAUGUACAAUUGAAAAUAAUGAAGGUUGCUUAGGUGAAGGAUAUUGUCCAUCAGCCUGUUCUUGCAUGGGAACUGUUGUGCGGUGUUCUAAAAAUCGUUUGGAAGAGAUACCUAAAGGAAUUCCAGAAGAAACAACUGAAUUAUUUUUAGAAGGAAACGAAAUCAUUGAAAUAGAUUCAUCUAGAAUUGAGCAUUUAAAAGCUUUAACAAGAUUGGAUCUCAGCAGCAAUCACAUCUUAAUCUUACCAAGCAAUGUAUUCGAAAAUUUAACAAAGUUAUCAACAUUAAUUCUGUCAAAUAACAAAAUUCAGUGCGUUCAAGAACAUGCUUUUAUUGGGUUAAAUAAUCUAAGAAUUUUAUCAUUGCAUGGAAACAAAAUAUCAAUGAUAUCAGAGGGAACUUUUGAACAUUUAAGAUCAAUAACGCAUAUUGCACUUGGGAGCAAUCCACUGUAUUGCGACUGCAAUUUAAAAUGGUUUUCAACUUGGAUAAAAACUAAUUAUGUUGAGGAAGGUAUUGCAACCUGUCAAGGACCACCAUCAAUGAUUGAUAAAAUUGUCUUGAAUACAAAUGUGGAACAAUUUUUAUGCAAUGGAAAAAUAAGCAAUGAAAUUUUAGUAAAAUGCGAUCUCUGCUAUUCAUUUCCUUGCCAAAAUGGUGGUAUGUGCUUCCCAUCAACUGAUGGAAAAUUAGAAUUUGAAUGUAAAUGCCCAUCUGGUUAUUAUGGUAAACAAUGCGAACAUAAAAUUGAUGCAUGUUAUGGUAAUCCAUGCCGCAACAAUGGUAGUUGCAGUCUGUUCGAAGAAGGUCGAUUCAUUUGUCGAUGCCUAGCUGGUUAUGCAGGAGAAAGAUGUGAGCAAAACAUUGAUGAUUGCUCAAAGAACAUGUGCCAGAAUAAUUCAACAUGUAUUGAAGGUACAGAACGUUACACUUGCCGUUGCCAACCAGGAUUUAGAGGAGAAUUUUGUGAAACAAAAAUUGAUUUCUGUCAUCCAUCAAAUAAUCCUUGUGCAAAUGAAGCUAGAUGUCUUGAUCAUGGUACUCAUUAUUCAUGUGAUUGUCAACCAGGUUUUUAUGGUCGUAAUUGUACACAAACAAUAUCAGUGGUUCAUACGAAUUCUUUUGCGGAAAUGGAACCGUUACGUACAAAAUUGAAUGUACGUAAUGUUACAUUGACAUUCAAUGGUAACAAAGUAAAUGACUUAACAACAUCACCACCAGAUUCACCGGGACAAGAAAAAAAAACGGAAGAAUUAGCUGUACAAAUUAUUUUACCAAUAAUGCUUGUAUUAAUGCUGGCAAUUAUUUUAUUUAGACCAUGUGAAAUUGGAGCUCAAACAGACUGAGAACAAGUGAUACUUUUAGAUCAUAAUAAUUCAAAAGAAUCUCAAAAUGGUGAUGAUAAUUCUACUGAUAAUGAAUAGAAAUGCAACUUUCUUUUUUUUUUUGACACAUUAAAAUGUAAUCAAUUUCCUCUAACAAUCGGUAUAUAUUACGUAUGUUAAGAUAUAAAUUCAGAUAAUUUCAAUAUUUGUAUAUAAUGCAGGAUAAAAUUGUGGAAAUUUAGGUACAGCUUUGAAAUUUUGAAGUCAGCGUUCAAUUAGAUUCUCUAAAGGGCUUCAAAGUACUCAUUUCUUGGAUAAACAAUUUAUGAUAACUGUGCAUGAGAAAUUUGCAUAUUUAUAAAAAUCAAAUUCUAUUUCUUUUAACCUCAUACACCGUUAAAAAACAAGAAGUUAUGCUAAUAUAAUUGGAAUAAAACAAACAUUUCAAAAACUGAAAAAGGAAAACUAAGUUUCGUAUCAUAAUUGUCAUUCCCUUCAAUAUUAACGGAAAACCAAAUUUAACUUAGCAUUUCCAAACUAACUCAAUAUAUUCGUUAUAGCCAUAAUAUCUAUGGGUUUUUUGGAAUGGUUUUCAAUAUUCUCAAACUAAAAUACAUAAAUUUUGUAAUACAAAAUUUUUAAUUAUUUUUAAAAUAUCAAUUUCCCAUUUUUAAUUCUUCAAUUUUUUGGAUCAUACAGGGUGAACAACCAAAAUAUAUAUGUAUGUGUAAAUAUAUUUUUAAAAUGGCUGUAAAUAAGAAAUUUUUUCAAUUAUGGGAAAACCAAACAAAAAGUGCAUUCGAUGUUUUUAUUUUAAACGUUGCAAAUUACCAAAACGUUUUCUUGAAAGGUUGCGACUAUUAUAGAUUAAGACACUAAAUCAAAAAAAAACAAUACAGUGCCGCAAGGCAUUAAAUAAAGUCAAUAAAGAAAAAAAAAUUUAUUUUAAUAAUGAAAAAAAAUAUAGGAAAUAAAAUAUAUAUGUAUGUAUAUGUAAAAUACAUUGUAAAACAACAAAAUAGAACUGUUCGAAUUUACUAGUAGCAAACUAAUAAAGAAAAAACUAUUAAAAAAUACAAAUAAAAACUACAAAACUAUGUAAAAAUGCAAAAAUUUAAUUAAUUUAAAGAUAUUUAAAAAAAUGGACUAAUUAUUAUUUAUGAAAUGAACUGUCUUUAAACAAUUAAUUUAAUCAUAAUAUAUAUAAAUAAUUAUUUUAAAAUUAAGGAUAUUACAAAAACAAAAACUAUGUUAAUAUAAAUAUACUUAAUGUAUCCCAUAAAAGUAAAUGCAAAACAUGACUAAUAACUGUCAAGCACUUUUUUAAAUAAAAGAAUAGCUUAUGUGAAAAUCGUCGCAGAGCUUUUAAAAUUCUCCGGUGACAUCUUAAUAUGUGAUUAAUUUCUAAGACUAUUUUAGUUUAAAAAUCUAAGAUAUGGAGAAAAAUCAAAAUUUUCAAAAAACUAAUAUAUGUAUGUAUGUAUAUAUAAAGAAACAAAAACUUAUAAGGAAUUCCUAAACUAUAGUUCUUACUUAAAUAUGAUUUCUUUCCUAAAUGGACUCAAUCAUUUAAAAAGAAAAUGCUCUGUAAAUUAUUGAAUAUCUUCAUAUGAACACAAUAUUAAGGCCUAAAACAAAAUUGAAAGUCAGUUUUCUCAAAGGAAUUUUACUGCCAAUAAAAUUUUUAAUUUAAAAUUCAAAAUUAUUACAAGGAUACGUUUGUAUAUUUGUAUUUUAAUCAUAAUGAAUAGUGUAUUGUGUUAUUUGCUUUAAAUAUUUAAUUUAAAAAAAAUUGAUUAGAAAUUAUUUAUAUAAAAUGACAAAAAAUAUUUGUGAUUGUAAAAUUAAAAUUAUUUAACUAUAUCAAAAUUAAACCGAAAUUUUAUAAAAUAAUUAAGGGAAUUUUUCGCAGUAUUUUUGUAAAUAAAUAUUCAAAAAUAAGAAUCCGUACAUUAAAAAUUAAUUAAAAUAAGUAAAUAAAUAUAAGUUUAACAUAAAUUUUAAAAAAAUAUUAAUAGUAAAUGCAGGAAACCAUUAUUAUAAAUAGUAGCGUUGAAAUAUUCAAAUAACAAAUUGAAAAUUGCCUUCGAUUUUAUUAUCAAGCAUCAUACUGUUUUAAUAGUAUAUUUGACAGUAACAAUUAUGAAAACUUUGAUAGUUCAACAAGAAAAUUUGAAAACCAACUAAACAAGUAUAAAUAGCCUAAAAACAAUUUUUGUUUGGAAGUGAAGUGCUAUCGAAGAAUAUCAUUUUCAAUUUGUAUUUGAAAAUGUAUAAACAAACUGUGACAAAUUUUUAUUUUAAAAUGCAAAAUUUAAAUAUAAGUUGCACGAAAAAAAAUUCAUUGAAAGGGCAUAAGUAAGAGUAUUUUAACAGGAAAAAAAGUAUAGAAACAUAAAAAGGAAAUCUGUAAGGCGGAAAAUUUCUUUUAAUUGAAUAUUCGUGUCAUUUCAGUCAAAUUGGCUGGGCUUAAGAGCUUAAGUACCUGUUAUAUAAAUUGUAAUUAUUGUAAUAUAGUUAAAACAUAUAAAACGAUUAAUUAUUUUAUUGAAACUAGAAAGCAAAUAUUUAAUUUAAUAUUAAUUUACUUUAAAAAAGUAUAUAUAUAUAUAUGUAUGUAAGUAUAUGUAAUAAUAUAGUUAGUUAUACGACCUAAUUUAAUUGAUUGUAUUAUAUAAUAAAAACUUAUUAAGCAUAACAUUUCACCAUGUCUAA